GUUACCCGUCCCUCGUCCUUGGGAGGGGGUUCCGGAGAAUCCCGCCUGAAUUUCAGGCGCCCGAAAGACUUUCUGGGAACGCCACUUCGCUGGGGAGAGCUCUGAGGCAGGCGGCCCAGCACGGAGGGGCUGCUCAGGGCGGUCUCGGCGGGGCCACCUGCAGCUGCGGGGCGGUGCGGGAUGGGGGGCGGUGCAGUUCUCUCGCUGUCCCUCCCAGGGCGGUGCUGUUCUCUCGCUGUUCUCCCGGGUGCGGCCGGCCCCGCUCGGCCAUGCGGGCGGGCUGAGCGGCGCCGCCGCCGCCUGUCCCGGGCGAGGAUGGCCUCCAAUUUCAACGACAUCGUCAAGCAGGGCUACGUGCGCAUCCGGAGCCGGCGGCUGGGGAUUUACCAGAGAUGCUGGUUAGUGUUCAAAAAAGCUUCAAGCAAAGGGCCCAAGAGGCUGGAGAAGUUCUCAGAUGAACGAGCUGCUUACUUCAGGUGCUACCACAAGGUCACAGAGCUCAAUAACGUGAAGAAUAUCUCGAGGCUGCCCAAAAGCACCAAGAAACACGCAGUGGGCAUUUAUUUCAGUGAUGACACCUCCAGAACCUUUGCUUGUGACUCAGAGCUUGAGGCAGAUGAGUGGUGCAAGGUGCUGCAGAUGGAGUGCCUGGGAACACGAAUUAAUGACAUUAGCCUUGGAGAGCCUGACUUGUUGGCAUCUGGAGUAGAGAGGGAGCAGAGUGAGAGAUUCAAUGUGUAUUUGAUGCCAUCCCCUAAUUUAGAUGUGCAUGGGGAAUGUACCUUGCAGAUAACAUUUGAGAAUAUCUGUCUUUGGGACAUCCAGAAUCCCAGAGUCAAACUGGUCUCGUGGCCACUCAGUGCCCUGCGGCGCUACGGGCGGGACCCAGCCUGGUUCACCUUCGAGGCAGGCAGGAUGUGUGACACGGGAGAAGGGCUCUUCAUCUUCCAGACCCGGCAUGGCGAGGCCAUCUACCAGAAGGUGCACGCGGCUGCCCUGGCCAUCGCCGAGCAGCACGAGCGGCUGCUGCAGAGCGCCAAGGAUGCCAUGCUGCAGCUGAGGAGGAGCGAGCGGGCAGUGUCACUGAGCACCGUGGUGCCCCUGCCCCGCAGCGCCUACUGGCACCACAUCACCCGCCAGCACAGCACCGGGCAGCUGCUGGGCCUGCCAGAUGUUUCCAGCCCGCUGAAGCUGCACCGCACGGACACGUUCCCAGCCUGCAGGUCAGAGCCCCGAUAGAAAUCCAGGCAGAGCUUCUCAAACUCUGUCCUCCGGCCAGCUGCCCCAGGGCACGCCAGUGCUGCUGACAGCCAGGGCUGGGAACGCACACAAGUUCAGCCUGGAUGAAGAGUUCUUGCAAUACAAAGGAUUUUUUAAACUUUGCCAAAAGCAGAAACGCUUCUGUGGAUGCUGGGGAGAGGAACCAAGCCACCAAACCCUCUGGUGUAUCUUUUAUAUACACUGGACAGAGAAGAAAUCACUCCCUAAACACUUCCCACUGAUUUUGUAUGAUAGGUAUGUUGUAAAUAUGUGAGACUCCUGCUGUAGUGUGGUUAUUUUGUCUCCUGACACUGGUUUGUGGCAAUGCUUAUCUUCAGUUAUUCCCAUCAUUGUUACCCUGUUCCUGAUCUCUGGAAUGGUGGCCAGUUUGAAGCAGCUCUUGGAUACAAUUUUUCCUGUUUGAAGACUUGAUUGAUUUCUUUUAAAAGAAUCUCCUCUUUCCUGUAUUUAUUUCCAUCUCUGUAAACAUUGAAAAUAAAAAAAAAAGUCCCAUGCAA